AUGUCCUCAUCUAGCAAAUCACGAGGACGUGGUCGAGCUCGACCCAUUCAAUCAAAAGAAACCGAUACACCAGGUGGUUUACAAGAUUAUCCCGAUUCUGAAAUAGCAUCAUUUAUUUCUCAAGGAAGUGAGAUUAGUGAUGUGCCACAACAGACUAGUGAAGCUAUACCGCCUGAUGAGCAAUCUCGAGCGGAAAAACCUCGCCGUGGAAAUCCACCAAAAGUAAUGCCAGGAGCACCUCGUGGUAGUGGUGUAAAAGGUAUAACAUCUGAAUUUGCAACCAUGCGUGUGGGCUCAAGUAGUGGUCGAUCAAGUUCUCGAUCAAUACCUUAUUCAAGUAUGUCGGAACCUCAACCACAAACAACUGAAAAACAAGGUACGGCUGGUGAUCCAGUUAAUAUCAUAGCAAAUUAUAUAAAAAUAUUAACAAAACCUCAAUGGGAACUUUUUCAAUAUCAUAUUGAAUUUAUACCAAAUGUUGAAAAUAAACGUUUUCGACGUGAAAUAAUUAGUCAACAUCGAACAAAAUUUAAAGAUGUAGCAUUUGAUGGUACAACAAUUUAUACUUUUGAUGAUUUUGGUGAUUUUCCAGAAUUUGUUUGUUCUCAUCCAGCAACAUCGGAAGAAAUAAGAGUUGUUCUACGGAAAGUUGCACGAAAUUCACCUGAUUCACCAAUAUUUUUUCAUUUGGCUAAUCUUAUUGUUCGAAAAUUACUUGAAUUAUCGGGCAUGAAAUUAAUCGGUCGCAAUUAUUAUCAGUUUGAUCGUAAAAUUGAUCUUGAUCGAUAUAAAUUAACAUUAUUUCCAGGUUUUAUGACAAAUGUUAAUAUUUAUGAAGGAUCUUUGAUGGUUAAUGUAGAUUUAUCUCAUAAGGUGUUAAAUAAAACUACUGUAUAUCAACGUUUACAAGAUAUAUUUAGCCAAUAUCAAGAUGUGAAACAUGCUCAAGAUACUGCUACCAAAGAGUUAGUUGGUCAGGUAAAUAGAAUUGUGCUGACAACAUACAAUUCCAAAACGUAUAAAAUAGACGAAAUAGCAUGGGAUCGUUCUCCAUUGCAAACGUUUCCAAUGCGUGAUGGUUCACAAUGUUCAUUUAUUCAAUAUUAUGAAGAUAAAUAUCAAUUGAAAAUAAACGAUCCUGGACAACCACUUUUAGUUAGUAAACCAUCAAAAAAAGAUCGUCGAGCUGGUGUAAAUGCACCAUUUUUACUUAUACCUGAAUUAUGUUGUGUUACUGGUAUUAGUGAUGUAAUGCGUUCAGAUUUUCAUUUUAUGAAAGAAAUUGCUGGUCAUACACAUGUUGAUGCUAAUACUCGUUAUAAUCGUCUUCGACAAUUUGUGACUGAUAUUCAUCAAAAUUAUGAAUGUCAAGAUGAAUUAGCUAAAUGGAAUUUGAAACUUGACACUGAUCUAGUAAAAUUUGAAGCACGAAUUCUUGAUGCUGAACAUAUAUUGUAUUUUGAUCGUUCUGUGAGAUACAAUUAUAACGAGGCCGAUUGGAGUCGUGACGGUCGUAAUAUGCGUCAUAUUAGUGCUAAAUCUCUUAAUCAUUGGAUUGUAGUAUUUCCAGGAAGAGACGAACAAAUUUCACUAGGACUUAUUGAUGCACUUAUGCAAGUUUGUAACCCAUUCGGAAUGCAUGUUGAAUAUCCUUAUAUACAACAAUUAGUAAAUGAUCGACCUGAAUCUUAUCUUCAAGCAUUAAAAGAUUCUAUACCUCGUAAUACAGAUCUUGUAUUAUGUGUACUAUCUAAUAAUCGAAAAGAUCGUUAUGACGCAUUAAAAAAAUUUUUAUGUCUUGAUAAUCCUGUACCAUCACAGAUGGUUCUUACAAAAACAUUAUCACGGCGUAAUCAACUAAUGUCUGUUGCAACAAAAAUUGGUAUACAAAUAAAUGCGAAAUUAGGUGGUGAAGUAUGGGGUGUACAAAUUCCAACAAAAACUUUAAUGGUUAUUGGAAUGGAUUCAUAUCAUGAUUCAAAACGUCGUGGUGCAUCUGUAGGUGCAUUUGUUGCAUCAACAAAUCCAACAUUAACAAAAUUUUAUUCACGUGUUAUUUAUCAACGUACAGCACAAGAACUUAUGGAUGGUUUAGCUGUUUGUAUGAAAGACGCAUUAAAAGAAUAUUAUCAAAAUAAUAAUUGUUUACCAGAAAAAAUUGUUCUUUAUCGAGAUGGUGUUAGUGAUGGUCAAUUAGCAAUUGUAGCUGAACAUGAAUUACCACAAAUAAUCGAAACAUUUCCAAAGAUAAUGUCUGGUUAUGAACCAAAACUAGCCGUUAUUAUCGUAAAAAAACGUGGUAAUGCUCGAUUUUUUCAACAAGAAGGUCGUAAUAUACAAAAUCCUCAACCAGGAACUAUUAUUGAUCAUACUGUUACAAGUGCUGAAUGGUAUGAUUUUUAUUUAAUCUCACAAUGUGCUCGACAAGGAACAGUUGCUCCAACACAUUAUAAUGUUAUUUGGGAUCGAACAAAUUUUAAAGUUGAUCAUAUGCAACGAUUAACAUAUAAAUUAUGUCAUUUGUAUUACAAUUGGCCAGGAACAAUUCGAGUACCAGCUGUUUGUCAAUAUGCUCAUAAAUUAGCGUUUUUAGUUGGUCAAAGUCUUCAUCAAGAUUUUAGUGUGACACUUGCAAAUAAACUUUUUUAUUUGUAA